AUGGGUGCAGUGGUGGGCACUUUGACCAUGCAAACCAAGCAGAGGACAUCGUCCAGAGAUGUCGCUAACAGUCGAAAACACCUUGGCUCUGGCGUUGCUUGGGGCGGACCUUCACGGCGCACACCAGAUGAGCUCGCUGAAUCCAAUCUGUUCCAGGAGCAGUUGGGCCCGCGGCGCUGGUGUUUAGUCAUCGACAGUGAAUGUCCGAGCGGAGUGGUGAAUGAGGAGACAUUUAAACACAUCUAUGCACAGUUCUUCCCUCAUGGAGACGCGAGCAUGUACGCACAUUAUCUUUUCAAUGCAUUCGACACUACAAACAAUGGCUCCAUUAAAUUUAAGGACUUUGUGAUGGGCUUGUCUAUACUGCUGCGGGGGACUCUGAGGGAAAAGCUGGAGUGGACGUUUCACCUGUAUGACAUUAACAGAGAUGGAUACAUAAACAGAGAGGAGAUGACUGAGAUUGUGCGGGCCAUUUAUAACAUGAUGGGAAAGUACACCUACCCUGCACUCAAAGGAGAUGUCCCACAGCAGCAUGUGGACGCCUUCUUUCAGAAAAUGGACAAAAACAAAGAUGGAGUGGUGACUUUAGAGGAGUUUGUUGUAGCCUGUCAGGAGGAUGAGACCAUGAUGAGAUCCAUGCAGCUGUUUGAGAAUGUGAUGUAAGCAGAGACAAUGGGAGACGUGGCCAACGAGAGGGCUUGGUGUGAGUGCGUGUGUGUGGAUGCAUAUGUGCAAUACAUCCAGUCUCUCCUCCUCACCCCCCAUCUCAUCCAGCUGUGGUCUGGAUACA